ACAACCCAAAAUUGGGCUGCCAAGGCUGGGCUCGUGGUCCGGCGGCGGUGAUAGGCUGCUUGAUUCGUCGUGAUGCCAUCCAUCGCAGUUCCAUCUGGACCACGCAGAGCCUGCAGUGGAGAAUCGCCAAGAUGGUUCCAGAUGCCGCUUGUAUUUAAGGCUGAUGAUGCCAGUCUUUCCUCCAUCACCCAUUCUCCCAUAAUCGCUACCAGUUGAGCUGCCAUGGAAGAAGAACAUCACGAACCCAAGGCCGACCCUCGGUAUCUCCUGCGCCAGCCCGUCGCGCUGCAAUGGUUUGAUAAUGGCAAGCUCUGCCAGCGGAGCGAGGAGGAGCGACAGGCCAGCCGCUUUGAGCUUUUCCUGGACCUUCUCUACGUCGCCAUUCUCGCCAACUUCGCCGAGAACCUGGCCGAGGACGUCACCGGAGUUAAGCUCGUGAAAUACAUUCUCAUCCUCUCCCCGUCAUGGCACGUCUGGAGCGAUCUCCGCGAGCUGAUGAACAGCUUCUACAACGACGAUCUGUCCCAGCGCAUCCUGAUCCUCUGGAUCAUGGCUGUGCUGGUCGUCUACGGCAACAACGCGCCUCUCGUCGACGAAGACAUCUCCGCCAUGCGCUCCGCCGUCGGCGCCUACCUCACUGCGCGUAUUUCCUCGAAUCUCGCCCACCUAUACUACUCCUUCAGCAGCUACCACCACCGCGCGCAGCAGCGCCUCUGGUGUGUUCUAUCCACCGCCGGCUUGUGCGUCUACAUCCCGCUUUUCUUCGAAAGCAUUCCCCUCCGCAAUAAAAUCGCCGUGGCCGCCGUCGCCAUCGUCUAUGAAGAAGCCGUCUGGAUCUUCUGUUACUCCCCGGCCGCGAAGCGCAUGCUGCGCGCCCGCUACACCACCGCCGUCAACAUCUCGCACGAAGUCGACCGGUUCGCCGCUUUCUACAUUAUCGCCCUCGGCGAGUUCCUAUACACCAUCGUCGUCGGCUCGCCUGCCGCCGUUGGGUUCAAUCUGUCGCUGAUGCGCGCCGUAUGGACACUCAUUAUCGCCUUCUGUCUGAAUUGGUUGUAUCUGCACGGCGACUGCUCCGUCGAAUCCACACACCCGCUGCGCCACAGCAUCCUCACCGCAUUCACCUGGGCGCCUAUCCAUCUCCCGCUCAUCGCCAGCCUGCUCGCCGGCGGCCACGUCGCGGCCGCCAGCGCAAAAGCAACUGAUCCGGCCACCGGCGAAGAUGCCGAGCAUGGUUUUAGCGCGGCGCAGCGCUGGUUAUUGUGCGCUAGUCUCGGAACUGGGCUGUUCUGUCUGUACAUAAUAGCGCUGCUGCACGUGUCCAAGGAUACUGGAUGUGCGCUUCUUCUGCCCAAGCCAUUCCGGCUAAUGAUGCGGCCAAUCGUCGGCCUGAUUCUGAUCCUGCUGCCGCUUGCGCAUCGGCUGAAUCUGACCGAGACGCUGUCAGUUAUUAUGGCGUUGAUGGUGUGGAUUGUGAUAUGGGAGAAUAUAACUAGUCUGCAGCGAGGCGCGAAGCUGUGGGAGCCGUGGACUGAAACAAAGUAUCCGGAGGGCGGGAAUAAAGGGUAUUAUAGAUCCAAGGUGGAUCAUGAGCAUGUUCCUAAAGGCGAUGCGGAUCAGCAGAAAGCAAAGGAUGGGCAGGUUUUGGAAAAUAAUCCCAGCGAGUGAAAUAGAUUUACAAGGGGUGUUUAAUAACGAUUUACUGAUAUUUUGGAG